AUGAUCUUCUCCAAGCUCAUCACGAGCGUCCUGCUGGCGCUCCCCGCCUUGGCGGCUCCAGCUCCUCAGGCCUCUGAUGCUGCUGCUUCGGGUAGCAGCAGCUACUGGCUCGCCGACAUCGCCAGGAACGGCGCCCCGGCGUUCGGCACGGCAGACUACAAGGUCUUCCGGAACGUCAAGGACUACGGUGCCGUUGGUGACGGUGCUGCCGACGACACUGCCGCCAUCAACAAGGCCAUCUCGGACGGUGGUCGCUGUGGUCAGGGCUGUGGAUCGUCCACGACCACACCUGCCAUCGUUUACUUCCCUCCCGGUACCUACAUGGUCAGCGAGCCGAUCGUGCAAUUCUACUACACCCAGCUCGUCGGUGAUGCAGUCCAGCUUCCUACCUUGAAGGCCCUGCCUGCUUUCGAGGGGAUGGCCGUGAUCGAUGCUGACCCCUACAACUACGAGGAUGGCAGCAACUGGUACACCAACCAGAACAACUUCUUCCGCCAAAUCCGAAACUUCAACAUCGAUCUCACCGGGCUCGACCAGUCCAAGGGUGCGGGCAUUCACUGGCAGGUGGCUCAGGCAACCUCGCUGCAGAACAUCCACUUCAACAUGGUUCAGGGUGGUGACGCUGCUAACCAGCAGAAGGGCAUCUUCAUGGACAACGGCUCUGGCGGUUUCAUGAGCGACCUGUCGUUCACCGGUGGCGGUAUUGGCAUGUUCAUUGGCAACCAGCAGUUCACCACGCGUAACCUGACCUUCAGCAAGUGUAACACCGCAAUCUACAUGAACUGGAACUGGGUCUGGACGCUCAAGGACGUCAAGAUCGACAGCUGCGGACUCGGUCUCGACCUUAGCACGGGCGGCCCCGGUGCGCAGACUGUCGGAUCUGCUCUGUUCCUUGACAGCACCAUCACCAACACCCCGAUCGGCGUCAACUCUUCGUACGCCACCACGCAGACUGGUACGAACGGAACCCUGAUCAUCGAGAACGUCGACAUGAGCUCUGGCGUGGACAUUGCCGUCAAGGACUCCAGCAGCGGCGCGACCAUCCUUCCAGGCAACCAGAAGGUGGCAAACUUCGUUCAGGGCAACACCGUCUCCGGAGGUACUCCUGUCAAGGCUGUCCAGGCUUCCCAGUCGACCGCGGCCAAGCCCGAGUCUCUGCUCAACUCAGCUGGCGGAGUCUUCACACGCAGCAAGCCUCAGUACGAGACCGUUCCUGCUGCCAACUUUGUUUCGGCCAUCCAGAAGGCCAUGGACAGCUUGACUGCCGACCAGAUUCUCUACUUCGACCACGGCGCAUACAUUAUCACCGACACUGUCAAGGUUCCCAAGGACAUCAAGAUCACCGGUGAGAUCUGGCCCUUGAUCAUGGCCAAGGGAGCCAACUUCGCCAACAUGGAAGCCCCUCGCCCUGUCUUCCAGGUCGGCCAACCAGGUGACACUGGUGCCGUCGAGAUGACCGACCUCAUGUUUGAGACGGCCGGUCCCGCCCCAGGCGCCAUCAUGAUCGAGUGGAACCUCAAGGCCUCUUCUCAAGGUGCGGCGGGCAUGUGGGAUGUUCACAACCGUAUUGGUGGUUCCGCUGGCACCGACCUGUUGGUCGGACAAUGCGCCAAGAACAACGGCACUACCCACGGCGCCAACGAGGCUUGCGAGGGUGCCUUCAUGAUGAUGCACGUCACCAGCUCCGCCGCUGACGUCUACCUGGAGAACACCUGGUUCUGGGUUGCCGACCAUGACCUCGAGCCCACUGCCAACUCGGCCCAGAUCGACAUCUACAACGGCCGCGGCGUUCUGAUCGAGUCCCAGGGCCCUGUCUGGUUGUACGGCACCUCAUCUGAGCACUCCGUCCUCUACAAUUACCAGCUCGUCAACGCCUCGGCCGUCUACAUGGCACUCAUCCAGACCGAGACUGCCUACUUCCAGGGCAACCCAGUCGCGCCCACACCCUUCACCAUCAACGCGACCUACACUGAUCCUAACUUCGACGGCGUCGCAUCCAAGGACGCUCGCACGUGGGGUCUCCGUGUCGUGGACUCCAAGGAUGUCUUUGUGUACGGUGCCGGUCUGUACUCGUUCUUCGACGACUACAACCAGGAGUGUCUCGUUACCGCGGACUGCCAAAGCAACAUGGUCUCGAUCGAGAGCUCGGCGGUGCACCUUUUCGGCCUGUCCACCAAGGCCGCCACCAACAUGGUGACUGUCGAUGGCGAGUCCAAGGCGCUUGACGCCGACAACCGCAGCACUUUCUGCGCGACGCUCAGCUACUUCAGCACUGCCUAG